AUGGAUCAGAUACUUUCUAAAGCUUCAAACCAAGUGGUUUCAUUUGCUAUACGCUCAGGUAUAUCUAUAGCAUCAGGGUAUGCCAUCAAGACCAUCUCCACCUUUGUUGACAAGAUUCCAGCUCUGCAACAACAACGUCUAUCAAAACAACGACGCAAACUCAAGACCAAAAUCGAUAUUAUCAAUGUUACGAUAGAUCUAAUCAAACUUGCAGCAAGCCGGGGAAACACAGUUUUAGAAUCGACGUUGGAAUUGAUUGAUGAUUUACAUAAUCAAUUCACAGCAUUUGAAGAAGGGGUUAAUGAUAUUACGAAGCAAUUGUCAAGUGCAAAUACUAAAGAGAGUGUUAAACGAGUUGAAGAUUAUAUGCACGAUUUAAUGACGGAAAUCAAUGAUGCAAUACCGAUUUUAAACUUGUCGUUAAUUACAUCGGGGAUAAACCUCAAUGGCAUGACUGAUUUCAAUGCAAUUUCCCCAGGUAGGUUAUUACAAGCUUCAAAUUACUUGAAUGUGGGAGGUGGGUUGAUAGGUCCUGUGUUUGAUUUGGUCAUGUAUACUAUUUUCUAUAAUCCCAGUCGAAUGAAGUAUGUUGACGACGGAACACCAGUGGAUGAGUUGGGCUGUAUAACAUGGAAGGAAACAUUUGCUAGGAGUUCGGUACAGAUUACAAAUGAUGGACAACAUGGAGAAUUCAAAUACUUGGUAAACAUUGAAGAGGAUUUCAAUGAUGGAAGAUUUCAUGACGACGAUGAUAAGCCGGGCGUCAAACAGUACGAUUUAAAAUGGGUUCAAAGUAUGUUCUUCACGGCAUCAGGGAAAUUGCUAAGAUUAGAAGGACGGAAUUUACCAGUAUUGAUUUUGAAAAUAGUUGAUGGGGAUAGAGAAGAAUGGAUUGCAUUAGGAGAACUCCAUCUGAAUGAAUUUGACGGCGACGAUGAAGAAGAAGAGGAAGAGCAAGAAGCUGACCCAAAGCUCAAAAGUAAGAUCACCCAACAACAAAUCAAAUCCAGUUCCUUAUCCCUACUAGAAUACAUCAUUAGAUUAGCCCGGUUACAACAAAUUGAAAACGAGAGUAUCUUGAACAUACCUGAUGAAGUAUUGAAAAUGUAUUUACAUGAUCAACUGACGAGUGCCGAUUUACCUAAAUCGAUUGCUCAAAGGGGUAAACAUGAUACUAAAUUGAAAAAAACUGAGGAUAAACUAACUAUGGAUUCAAAUAUUACUAGAUUGAAGAAUCUUGAAAUUGAGAAAUCAAAGAGAAAAAGUGAAUAG